GCCAAGGUCGUUAGAUAUAUCUCGGAAAAAUAUAUGUUAUAAAAGGUAUCUUCAAAGAUUUUGAUAGAUGCCGUGAUGGUCUACCCCACUCUUCUCCGAAUGGUGAAUUCUCACCAAGCCCGUAUGCUAGAGAGGUCUCGUCGUCGUAAAGGUCCAAACAAAGAAGGGUUUAUGUAUCGUACAAGAAAUUAUCCAAUUUAUAUUUUCUGGGGAGUACUGGCGUGUGUGUUGAUAAAUUUUGCAAGGGAUGCCUAUAUAUUACAAAAUAAUCCACCAACUGGACCUAUACAACGUAAAUCAUCUAUUGACCUUGAUAAAUUUAAGAUAGUUGAUUCGAGAACUGAAGAAGAAAAAACCGAAGCAGCUAAAGAAUUGGGAUUAUAAAUAAAGUGCUGUAUACAAGUGACAUAAUAUAUCUUUGGCUUACUAAGUGUUGAAAUCAUCUAUCUCACUGUGUGGAUACUGAAAGUCAAAGAUUUCUAAGGAAUAAGAUCUAGUGCUGGCACGAUAUAUCGGUCAAUCACGGUAUCGCUAUAUGACAUGCUACGAUACACAUAUCAUAUCGCAUUGUCGCUAACCACUUCUAUCAACUAUAUUAUCAAAUAUUAGUGUUGAAACGGUUAACUAUUUCACGGGUAACCGGGUCUGAUUUGAGAUAAUCGGUUAACUAUCACUUUUAUAAGAAGUAAAUAUAGAGCAAUUUUGACAGAAAAUUCGUCACUGUAUGAGUCUUUAAGCUGUUUUCUUUAAUAAAUAAACAUCUUUAUUGAUUAAAUAAUGGUGAUUAAUAAAUCAAGAUAGGGUAUCAAUUAUCAAAAUUCUAAGAGUUGCAAGAAUUGUGGUCAAGAUUAAUAAGCCUCAUUUUUGAUUUAAGUUCAACUAAUUACUUGUUCUGGAUAAUUGCGUCAGGAUGGUCUUAGUUUGUCGACAGUCGCCGUGUGCACCAUUAUGUUAAUUAGGUUAAAUAAAUAAGCACUGUAAUCACUAUCAGACGUUCGGCAAGUGCCACGGUUCGUUAAAUCUUGUAUUUCAAUAAAAUUUAAAUAUUUCAAUGAGAUACACUCCGUUACACUGACCCCACAAUUGGUAUAAAAACCUUUGAGCUGUUAGAGACUGUAGCAAUGAGUGACAAUGGUGCCAGUCCGUCUAAACUCUGUCAGGCCCUCUCGUAAUCUUACAUUGAAGCAGACGCUUCAAUGGGUUGUUUGGUAUAUGUUGAUUUGUACCGACAAUUCGCGGGGCUAGCAUCCUGGGUACUCAUUUAAACUUUCUCUAAUUUAGUUACCAGUGAGUUGCCGCCGCAAUAGCAGUUUUUGACUCCUUUUAUAAUCUUUAGUAAUUAACCGGGAUCAACUGGAUAACAAACGGUUAUUGCCGACGAUAACCCGGUUCGCAAAAUUCACUAACCGUUCCAACACCAUCAAAUAUCACAGUUAUAAAGUUAUAAAUUAAUAUUAAAUAGAAACUUUGAAGAUAAAAAUUAUCAUAUGUAUCGUAUCGUGAUACUAAUCUUAUCGUGGCAUAAUUGACGAUAUCCAGCACUGAUAAGAUCACUUGGCGAGUGUUUUACAAUAUUUUGUUUUAUGAGGUAGACUAAUCAUAUCCUAGUUUACUUACUGGAGAUUUUAUCACUAUCACUGAAUAACUAAAACAUAGCCAGUUCUGAUAAAUUGAGUGACGGAAGGGGGCUUGGAAUUUGGAUAUAGAUAAUUAUGUGUAAUUUGAGAUGAAUAUCAUAAGUUGCAGACUGAAUUCAUUCUGUUUCCCUUGUUGUAUGUUGUGUAUUUAGAAGACUAAAUGAAUGGAAUGGAUGGAAAAUAUAUAUAAUUAUUCUUUUAUACAAGAUAUUGAAUGGUUUGCUUGUAAAUAAAAUUAUGUAUCAU